AGCCGUCGCAGCAACAGUACACACGUGUCAACCUCAACUUAUUACAUAUUCGCUAAUCAUGAGUGGACGCGGCAAAGCAGGAAGCAAGUCGAAGGGCGUGAAAACGAAGACGAGGUCGUCCCGUGCCGGACUCCAAUUCCCGGUCGGUCGCAUCCAUCGGCAUUUACGAAAAGGCCAUUACGCUCAACGCGUCGGACAAGGCGCACCCGUAUAUUUGGCCGCCGUCAUGGAAUACUUGGCUGCUGAAGUGUUGGAACUUGCCGGUAACGCUGCUCGUGACAAUAAGAAAAGUCGUAUUAUUCCCAGACAUUUGCAAUUGGCAAUCAGAAACGACGAAGAAUUGAACAAAUUGUUAAACGGCGUCACUCUUGCUCAAGGUGGUGUGUUGCCCAAUAUCCAGGCUGUUCUCCUUCCCAAAAAAACCGAAAAAACAAAAUCUACUUAAACUGCUCCGAUCAUUAAUAUUAAUAUUCCUCGCUACAUUUAAUAAAAAGGCCCUUUUCAGGGCCACCAUUA